AUGGAUGCUCAAUUCGUUGUUCGCCGUGCUGACAUUUCUGAUAUUGAUGCAUUGUCACACCUCUGUCAGAUAACUAUUCGAGAAGCAUCUAUGGAAGAGUUGUUCAUUCCUUAUUCUGAAGAAGAUCUCGAUUCUUACUUCCGUUCAUCGGCAAGCCCUGAAAAUUUUGCAAAGAAAAUAAAUGAUCCGCAACAAGCUGUCUGGCUAGUAGAAGAUAAAACAAAUGGUGAACUUGUUGCUUACGCAGUUGCUGGUCCUUGUGAUAUUGAAGAUAUUCCUCAUCCUGAUGUUUGUUCAAAUAAAGAUGCAGCACUCAAUCGUUUAUAUGUCCGACGUGAUCGACGUGCGCGUGGAUUUGGUCAACAAUUAAUGAAUGUUAUUUUACCUUGGUCGGAAGAACAUUAUCCUGCACGACCUUUAUGGCUAACUGUGUGGUCACAAAAUUUCAAGGCACAAAGGUUUUAUACACAUUAUGGUUUUACUAAUGUUGGUGGUUGUGAUUAUUACGUUGGAGAACGGAAGGAGCAUGAAUUUUUUAUGAAGCGUGAAGCUCACAAAUCGUAA